UUAACUUCAGAUAGAAUAAUAAUAGUAUAUAAAAUUACUAAAAGCUAAAUAUCUAAUGGAAACGAAAAUAAUAUCACCACCUCUAUCAUCAGUUCUAUAUUCAAAAAAUAUUCCAUUACCUGCACAAGAAACUAUAAUGAAUAAUGUUCAAGAACACUAUACUUCUCAAACCCCUAUUAAAUCAAACAAUUCUAAAUACCAAUCUCGCAUUGUAAAGCUCAAAGUCAAUAUUUCUCGUCUAGCAUCACAAUCAGAACCAGUAGGAACACCAAUGUCUUCUCCUCUACCUAUGUCAUCACCAGUACUUGCUAGUUCACCUGUUUCAAAUAUAAUAAAUAAUGGAAAUAUAAUAAAGAAAACAGGGAAAAAAGCUCGUCUUUCUAAUAAUACGGGACCUAAAACUAUUCGAAGAAGAAAAGCAGAAGCAGCAACAGUUAUAGUAAUAAACGUUGAGGACGCAUCCCAGAAACAAGGACAGCAAAAUAUAGUUAUUAAUGGACAAAAAACCGGGUCAACACCAUUAUCGCACUCUAGAUUAGGUCCUAAAGCCAAUACUGGAGCGAUAAAUGCUGGAUUAAGAGCAUUAGAUCGCAGCGGAAAGCCAUGUAAAAGAUGGUACAAAAGGAUGAUAACUAUAGAUUGUAUAAACGGAAUACAAUGGGAAACUAAUGGAUGGAAAGAUACUUCAGCGUCAUAA